CUUUUAUCAAACUGAUAUCAGGCUCUAUCUUAACAAUUGGUUUAAGUUGAAAUGUCAAAACAACAGUAAUAAAUAUAUUUACUCUAUUGAUCAAACUCAAAAUUUAUAGGCUGGAAAAUGGAGGAAGGUAUGACUUCUCAUUCUCCAUGCCCAAUGGCAACACCAAAUAUGAAAUUAGAGAAUCUUAUAAAAGCAGCCCUUAACACCUCUACUUUAAAGAGAACUGGACAAAGUGGAGGUGGUUGUAUUAAUCAAGGAGAAGCAUAUAUUACUGAUACUGGCACAGUUUUUGUGAAGAGCAAUUCUAAACCAAAGGCCAAGUUGAUGUUUGAAGGAGAAAGUGAGGGUUUGAAAGCUUUAGCUGGUACAGGUAUUGUUACUGUGCCACAACCGAUUACAGUUUUGGAAAAUCCUGAUGGUGGAGCUUGUUUAGUCAUGGAAUUUAUUGAAAUGAAGGGCUUGCGCAGUUUAGCUCAUAAGCUUGGUGAUGAAAUAGCUAAAAUGCACAUGCAAAAUGUCAAUCUUGAAAAUCGAUCUAACCGUAUCUCAGAAAAACCUCAAAUGGAAUAUAUUCCUCAGUUUGGUUUCCAUGCAACUACUUGUUGUGGCUAUAUUCCCCAGGAAAAUGAAUGGAAUGAAGACUGGGUGGCAUUUUUCGCUCAAAAUCGAUUAGAUUACCAGUUUAGACUUCUCGAGAGAGAGAAAGGAGAUAGAGAAGCUAUCGAAAUGUGGUCCAGAUUACAAAUUAUUAUUCCAAAAUUUUUCAAAGAUCAAAGAAUCCGCCCCUCAUUACUACAUGGUGAUCUGUGGGGAGGAAAUGCUGCUCAAACUAAAAGACAUCCAGUUAUAUUUGAUCCUGCUGCAUUUUAUGGUCACCAUGAAUAUGAGCUUGCUAUCUCUGGUAUGUUUGGAGGUUUCACAAGAAGUUUUUAUGAUUCUUACCAUAAAGUUAUACCAAAAACUCCGGGCUUUGAAGGACGGCAAAGGCUUUACACUCUUUUUCAUUACCUAAACCAUUGGAAUCAUUUUGGAGAUGGUUACAAAAAAUCAACAAUGGCUGUCAUAAAAAGUUUGUUGAAAUGAUGUAGUUCUUUCAGGACAAUUCCAGACAUAUGCUGGCCAGAUGAUGAUUCACCUUAAUCAUUGAUUUGGAGGGAUUGGUCCUGAUUUUAGAGUAUACAUCUUGAAAUGAGAUACAUUCAUUAGACUGAUGUAUUGAAGUGAUAUGUAGGUUGUUAAUCAAGCGCUACGGUAGUGCUUUUAUUUUUACUUACCAUAUUUAUAGAAUACUUCUUUUUUCAUAUAAAAUUUAAAUAUGAAAUCAUUAUGCUUGGUAUCUCCUGUUGCCUAUAUGUUUUAGUCUAAAAUUUUUGUUUUAAGUGUAUAUUGUAUUUGUUAGUUUAGGGAUAGCUCAUCAAAAUGAAAGCAUAAGUACCUAAGAGGUCUUAGGUAGUGCCUAUUUUUAUUUUAUUUUUUCUGUUACGUCACAAUGCUCAAUUAAUAAGCAGGGUAGAUUUUGUUUUCAGAAUAUUGAAAUAAUGCAUUUAACACCACAUUCAUCAUGGAUAAAUAAUUUAAACUUAAUUGUUACUGCUUUGAAUUUAUAGUAAGUAGCUAUUCUUAGAUGUAAAGACCUUUUGUUAUGCUCAAC